AUGCUCACGCGGUACAUCAACUCGUACUUCAGGGUGACCCAGAACGACUUGCGCGAGGACUCGAUCGAAGUGCGGUGGGACGUCACGUACACGUACUUCAUUUCGUACGGGUGCCGCCUCUUCGCGUUGGUGUGGCUCUUCAUGCUGCCUCCGCAGCGCGGCCCCAUGCAAGAGUUGAAGAAGAAGGGCGGCAGGAGCAAGUUGGCCGGGGCCAUCUUGAUCGUUGUGUUUGUCGUGUGCCUCUCGGUGUCUGUCACGUCCAGCAUCAUGGCCAUCUACCCCGCCACGAGAUGCUUGCGCAUUGCAGGUGGCAACGGGAAGCUCGACCCCAAGACGGGCAAGUGUCCCAUCGCGGCCAGCCGAAAGGGAUAG